AUAAACAUUCACGCUUCUUUGUUUCCUUAAACCCUAAAACCCUUUCUUUCUGAUUUUCUAAAACCUUCAUUCUGUUCUUUCCGACUUGGGAAAAAUUAACAUACAACCACAGAAAUGGCUGCUUUUACUUCCCUUAUUCGCAAAUCAGCGUCUUCCUUGGCUCCAUUAGCUUUUCGGGCUGUCCGGACUCAGAGGAAUUACCAGUCUUUGGUUGUGGUUGCCAUAAACCAUACUAAUUUUUCUCAAAAUCACCACUCUCACUCCCCUUUGGUUCCAGCCUUUCACUACUCCACCGAGUCAAAGAAACCCAGCUCAGACGAGUCGCUUCUCCGAGUAAUCGAGUCAGAAAUCCAUUGCGCCACAGAAACUGACGAUCAGGACCGGGUUGAAGAGGUUCCAAAUGGUUUCCCUUUUGAAAUUCAAGAUAAUCCUGGACUACAAACCAUAACCCUAAAGAGAAAAUAUCAAGGAGAAGAUAUUCAAGUUGAAGUUCAUAUGCCUGAUCUAGUCACUGGUGGACAAAAUGACGAUGGUGAUGAUGGAGACGAUGAUGAAAAAUCUAUUCAAUCUAGCAUUCCACUAGUUGUAAAUGUCUCCAAGAAGAGUGGACCUGCACUAGAGUUCAGUUGCACUGCCUACCCUGAUGAAAUUGCAAUUGAAAGCUUGACUGUGAAACAUCCAGAAAACUCUGGUGAUGAAAUUGCCUAUGAAGGGCCUGACUUCCAUGAUUUGGAUGAGAAUCUGCAGAAGUCAUUCCACAAGUACUUGGAGAUUAGAGGAAUCAAGCCCAGCACAACAAACUUCUUGCAUGAGUACAUGAUCAACAAAGACAGUAGAGAAUAUUUGUUGUGGUUGGAGAAACUUAAGAAAUUCGUCCAAGCAUAAAAGAAUGCAUACUUGAUUUAUGUUGGAGGAGAUGGCCAUAUAGUUGUUUGUUAAUGACAGAAAUAACACCCUGUAUCAUGUAUGGAACAAUAUAUUUGCUCUUUCAAUGAUAGGAUACAACAAAUAGAUUUUUGGUAGAAAUGUAGACGUACUUUCUAUUUCAAUUGACAAACCUUUGAUUUGAGUU